AGCUUUCGAGGCUGCGGGAAAGUCGCCGCCAUGUGAUAAUUAUUCAUCGACUUGCUCUUCUCUGUAUUUCCACAUUCUGGCCGUUUUUUCCCUCUCUGUGUAUUAAAUCAUGUCGUCAGCAGCUCUCCGCACAUCGUUCAAGAUGGCUUCGCGGCCGCAGCAGCGCCUUGCGAGCAUUCAGAGGCAGUUUAGCAGCUCCACAGCUCAGCGGAAGGAGAUCAGAGAUGCGUACAUUUUGAGUGCAAGUCGGACACCGACCGCGGUGUUCAACGGCAACUUCACAACCGUAUCCGCAACCCAACUCGGCGCCACGGCCAUCAAAGACGCCCUCGAAAAGUCAAAAGUCCCCGUAUCCUCCAUCGACGCAGUCUACAUGGGCAACGUGCUAGGCGCAGGCGUUGGACAAGCCCCCGCACGACAAGCCGCCAUCUUCGCCGGCCUCCCCACCACCAUCGAAGCCACCACCAUAAACAAAGUAUGCGCCUCGGGCCUGAAAGCCGUCAACAUCGCCGCCGCGAACAUCCAGCUCGGCCACGCCGACGCCCAGGUCGCCGGCGGCAUGGAGAACAUGACGCGCGUGCCCUACUACAUGAACCGCGCCAGCCAACAGCCCGCAUUCGGCCACCAGAAACUGCAAGACGGCCUCAUCGCAGACGGCCUGUGGGACGUAUACAACCAGAUCCACAUGGGCAACUGCGCGGAGCACACGGCGAAGAAGUACAGUCUCACACGGCAGGAGCAGGACGACUACGCGAUUGCGACGUACAAGCGCGCGCAGCAAGCGUAUAAAGACGGGCUAUUCAAAGACGAGAUUGUACCCGUCACAGUCAAGUCGCGCAAGGGCGACAUCCUCAUCACAGAAGACGAGCAGUACAAUAAACUCAAGCUAGACAAGAUCUCCACGCUGAAACCCGCGUUUGAAAAAGGUCCCGACGGAACCGUCACAGCGGCAAACAGCUCGCCCCUUAGCGACGGCGCAUCGGCUCUCGUCCUAGGAAGUAAGGAAAUCGCACAGCAAUACGGGAAGGAAAGUCGCGUCCUGGCUAAAAUCAUAACCUACGCCGACGCCGCGAUCGACCCAAUAGAUUUCCCCACCGCCCCCUCCUCCGUAGUCCACAAACUGCUCGCCCAAUCCUCCCUCUCAAAAACCGACAUCGCAAUCUGGGAAUUCAACGAAGCCUUCGCCGCAGUCAUAAAAGCGAACGCCAAGAUCCUCGGCCUCGAAGACGCAAAAGUUAACCCCAGGGGAGGUGCUAUUGCCCUUGGACACGCGCUUGGUAGCUCCGGGAGUAGGAUCUUGGUUACGCUGCUGCAUCAGUUGGAGGUGGGGCAGUAUGGUGCCGCGGUGAUAUGUAAUGGUGGGGGGGCGGCGACGGGGAUUGUGGUGCAGAGGGUGGGUGUGGAUCAAUUGUGAGUGAGGAAGUGAGGGGGUAAGGAUGUAGGUCAUAAAAGUUUGAAUUCAAGCGCUUUGCAAUGGAAUUUGGGUUGAAUGCAUGUAUGGCUUGUGAUUUAUAUUGCUGUUUCCCGUUCCCCACAAACCAUUUCCAAAACCAAAGAUAUAUGAUGGAUGGUACCGCACUUCUUGAUAGGCAAAAACAAAAGCAAAAGAUAUAUCACGAUGGCUGGU